CAUAUUAUAACACACACAAUUCAUCUCUAGCUUUUGCUUCUAGUUCAUAUAUAUAUCCGGUUUAAAAGAAGAAGAAACCCAUAUAUAUAUGAACUUGAUUCGUUCAUAUAUCGGUAUGUUGAUGCAAUAAUAAUGGAAUCUAACGAAGUAAUCGCACCAUUUGUCAUGAAAACUUAUCAAAUGGUGAAUGAUUCAUCCUUGGAUAACCUAAUCCGUUGGGGAACAUCCAACAAUAGCUUCAUGGUCGUCGAUUCGUUACGAUUCUCACAACACCUCUUGCCCACUUUCUUCAAACACAACAAUUUCUCUAGUUUCAUUCGCCAACUCAAUACUUAUGGAUUUAGAAAAGUAGACCCGGAUAAAUGGGAGUUUGCAAACGAGCAUUUUCUAAGAGGUCAAAUACAUUUACUAAAAAAUAUCGGAAGAAGAAGACAAGUAACUAGUAGUAGAGGAAAAUAUUCAUCAAAUAUGACACGAAUAAUAGACGAUGACGAAGAUGAUGAAGAAGAAGAAGAGAUGUUAAUGGAGAUAGCAAGAUUGAAACAAGAACAAAAAGUUUUAGAGCAAGAGAUAGUACUUAUGAACAAAAGGCUAGAGGUGACAGAAAGACGGCCCGAACAAAUGAUGUCUUUACUUUGUAAAGUUGCUGAAGAUCCAGACAUUUUACAACGUAUGAUGCACGAAAAAGUCACACGAGCUAAGCGAUUGGUGGAUAAGAAGAAACGACGAAUGUUAGUCACUCCCCAACUACAGGCUACGACAUCUUCUAGUAUGGAAACAUCGAGCAAUUAUAAUUUUAUUAAACGUGAGGAAGAUGAAUUAUAUGAUCAAACGAUUUGGCUAUGGAACAAGCCUGAUUGUGAUCAUACUAUGGAAUCUAAGGCGGUGAACACAAGUAAUAAAAGGUAUGUAGACAGUACAGAAGGAGGUAGUAGUGGCAGCAGCGGUGGUGAUACUAUAUAUUUUGGUAACGGAUUGCCUGAGCCAGAUGUCAGACCGGCUCCGACAUAUCCGUUUUCUUUGCUUGGUGGUGGGUUUUAAGCUUUAGUUUAUUUUGUUUGUUGAAUGCUAAUUGGGAAAAUUUUCUAUCAAAAAAAGGAAAAAAAAAUGUUUAUCAGGAGUUAGCUAGUAAUCUAAAGUGAACUAUCUAUCAUAUUGAGUCUUUUCAAGAAUAGAAAUAUAUCAAUCAUAUAUUUAGUAA